CGCGGUGUGUCACGUGACAGCAUCUGCUGCUGCUGGCUGAGCGAAGCGUGUUAGCAGAUUUUUCUAUUUUGUACAUACAUUGUUUUGUAUAUACUGUAUAUGAUGACUUCAGUGGUCAGCAAUCAAGCCCGGGGGACUCGGGACAGAACGCUGCCCACUACCACACAAACAACACAGCCACAGAAACAGAUACAGGCCACAGCAGAACAGAUUCGUUUGGCCCAAAUGAUCUACGACAAAAAUGAUGCUGACUUUGAAGACAAGGUCAAACAGCUGAUUGAGGUAACUGGGAAGACUCAAGAUGAGUGCAUGGUAGCCCUCCAUGACUGCAACGAAGAUGUAAACAGAGCCAUCAACUUCCUGCUGGAGAGCACCUCUGACACAAACUCCUGGGAGACUGUGGGGAAGAAGCGGAGCCUUGGGAAAGAAGGAGGGCCCUCAGAGAUAAAGGAGAGCAGGGAGAAGAAAGGAGGAGACAGGGAUGCCAGUCGCGGACGUGGGGGAUCCAACAGGAGGGGCCGAGGUAUCAGCCGAGGCCGUGAAGGUCGGCUAGAGGAGAAUGGGUUUGAGGUGGCUCCUGGAGAGAGAGGAGGGGACCGUGGACGCAGAGGACGAGGCAGAGGGGCAGGGGGUCGUGGUAGAGGAAGAGCAGCUGCUGGCAACAGGUUCUCCUCCCAGGGAAUGGGCACCUUCAAUCCCGCUGACUACACGGCUAACUCGGGAGGUCGCCAGGAGACAUGGGAAGGGGAUGGCAACGAACCUGCUGAGGGAACUGGAACAUGGGGAGGCAAUCUGGAAGACUGGACUUCAGAAGACUGGAAUGAGGAUUUGUCUGAGACCAAAGUAUUCACUGCCUCUUCUGCUCCAGCAAACCACAUCUCACUGGGACACAAUGUGGACCUGGCUACCCUACUGCCCAAGGCUGGAGGGGGCUCUGUGGACUCUGACUUGGGGGUGAUGGUUGAUGGCCCCUCAGCUGAGGAUUUGGGGCAAAGCCUGGUGUUUACCAAUUCCCACCACAACGGACGCACUGCAACUCACAGCUACGCGCAUGCCACAGCAAACACCUAUGCCCAUGCCGCCUCUGCUAGUACCACCUACGCACAUGCUGCACUGUCCUCAGUCCUGGGUUCUGGUUUUGGGUCUCUGAAUGCACCUAAGCCAGCACCCGCCUCUGACAUCAGGACAUCAGAGCAGCUCAAUGGGCCUCGGCUUGGUCAGAGAGCCAGUCAGACGCUGGCCAACACCAGCAACAGUAACGUCUCCAAAGAUGCAGGGCCACCUCCAAUUCAAAGUCCUGCUCCUGCUCCUUCUCCCUCUGUCGAAACCAAGCCUCAGAGAUUGGAGAACGGCCCUGUUACUGCCCUACACUUGGAAAUGAAGCUUCAGCCAGAACCAUCAGCGGUGCUCAGCCAGCUGGCACAGAGGCAGCAACAGUCCAUCCUUCCCACCACAGAGCCUCUACACUUGUCUCAGUCACAUGCUCCACAGGUCCCCACACCACCAGGUCACGAGUCCACCAUCCCUCCUGUAAGAGACGGAGCUUCUCCUGGAGUGAAGCUGCCAGGCAUGGAGCCUCCCAUCACAGAACCCCCCCAGCGGCAGCUCAAGACACAGAGACGCAGAGUACCGCCUCCUUCAAAGAUCCCCUCUUCGGCAGUGGAGAUGCCGGGCUUGGCAGAUAUAUCUGGCCUGAAUGUCCAGUUUGGAGCUCUUGAUUUUGGUUCUGAGGCCGGCAGUGGAACGGUGGAUAUGGCUCAGGGAGAGUCAGCCAGGGAACAAGCUCCAGCUUCAGCCCCAGCUCCAGUGGUGCCAGCACCCAUGUCUGUCCCCACUGCUGUUCCCACACAGCAACCACAGAACAGCCUGUUCUCCAAGCCAGGAUCUGUGAGUGAACACAUGAGCAGCAUACCCUCAGCUGUAUCGGAUCCCAGCUUCCCCUCACCAUCUUUGGGCUUACCCAGUGCAACACCCUCCCCCUCACUGGGUCUUCCCAGUGCAGCUGCUCCACCCUCUUCCACAGCCCCUACUACAGCCAACCGUGUGGAGAGCAGUGGCCCAAGGUCCCUGCCACCCCAUCUGGGCUUCUCCCAGAGCAAGGAUGUCUCAUCAGCUGCUGGCCCCCUCACAAAUGGCUACAGCAGCAUGAAGACGCAGAGCACACAGGACACUAUGUCAUCAACGUCCAGAACGGUGAAAACGGAGUCUCCCAUAAUGACCAGUGACAGUGGCCCCGUGCACCACAUCCCUUCGCCUGCAGUCACACCUUCGCACUCAACAUCUAUCGCCUCGCUCAACAGUCAUGUGACUAAUUCUCACUCAUCUGGAUCGGCGCUCGCCACAAGCUCCUCCCUAACGAUAACUAACGAAGACAGCAGCAGCAGCAACCUCCAUGCCUUUCCAUCGUCAUCCAGCCAGAUUAUUAAUCCCAAUACAUCAGUUCCACUGGCUGUGAGCAGCACAACCAAUGGUCUGCACCCAUCUGGAGCACCAGGAUUAACUCCUAAUGGCACAAACUCUAUCACAAACACCUCGCUCUCAGCUGCAGGGAACCGCACGGCGCCCCUGCUCACCGCCACCUCCGGUAAAGCUCCUCCUAACUUGGCCCAAGGAGUGCCGCCUCUCCUGGCCAACCAGUACAUUAUGGGCCCUGGUGGCUUGCUCCCAGCUUACCCGCAGAUCUAUGGAUACGAGGAACUGCAAAUGCUGCAGUCUCGCCUUCCUAUGGACUACUAUGGUGUAACAUUCCCUGGUACUACAGCUACCAUGCCUGGAAGAGAUGGCCUGGCCAAUAACCCAUAUUCUGGUGAGGCGACAAAGUUUGGCAGGAAUGACUCUUCAUCUCCAGCUCCCCCAACCAGCCUGUCUACAGCCGGGGUGCAGUCACAGCCCCAGCAGGCACCACAAGCAGGGACACAGGGGCAGGGCCAAGGACAGGGCCAAGGCCAGCAGACACAGAACCAGGCCUUCCUAAACCCCCCUCUGCCCCCUGGCUAUGGAUAUACUGGUCUGCCGUACUAUGCUGGUAUGCCUGGAGUUCCCUCAGCCUUCCAGUACGGCCCCACCGUCUUUGUGCCUCCUGCUUCAGCCAAACAACCUACUAUGGGCCUGGCCAACCCCUCCAACCAGUACCACCAACAGCAUCAGCCCAGUUACGGACAGCAUGCAUAUGGCACAGCCUUUGAUGACCUGUCUCAAGCCCACGGUGGGGAAUACAGUAAGGGAGGGUACGGAGGCUCUGCCCAGUCACAGGCCAAAUCAGCGGGCAGCGGCCCAGGGAAAGCACCGGGACUGUCAGGAUCAGGUACCAGUGGAGGAGUACCUGACAUGGGAGGUUCGAUCUACAGCAAAACACAGUCAUUUGACAAGCAGGGCUUCCACACAGGGACACCGCCACCCUUCAGCCUGCCCUCAGCACUGGGGGGAACAGGGCCCCUGAACCCUGGAGGUGCUCCUGGUUACGCACCUGCUCCCUUCCUGCACAUCCUGCCGCACCAACAGCCCCACUCCCAGUUGCUGCACCAUCACCUCACACAGGACGGACAGGGUGGUCCCGGUCAGCGCAGUCAGUCCAGCAGCAUGCAGCAGAAAGCCCAAGGCAGCAAGUCCAGCUAUGGCAGCUCCCCCUACUGGGCCAACUGAGGAAUGCUUCCCACUCCCUCUCCUCCCCAAAAGGCUGUUUGUAUGUGUGUGUGCGCGUGUGUGUAAAGCUAAAUCAAAAAAAGCAAACUGAAAGACACACUACCCUUACAAUGAGCAACCAGGGCCCUCCUCGCCCGGCUCCCCCCACCUCCUCAAGUCCUCAUAAGUCUUUUGGGUUCUCUCUCCCCCCCUUUUCAAAAAUUGGUUGUACAUGUAAGAUAUUUAUGUAUGUAUUUAUAUAUAUAUAUAUACUGUAUAUGUAAUAGUAGAACAUGAAAUGUGGUUGCUGCAUUUUAUUUUUGAAGGACUUUUUGUUUACUUUUUUCAAAACUGCAGGAAAAGAUGUUACAUAAAGACAGAAUGAGACGUUGAUGGUGAGUGGGUGAAGAAGAUAAUUGAUCAAAACUUUCCUGGAAUAAACCAGAAAAAGGAAAAAGAGAGCUAUAGCACUGAUUGCAUAUGAGGACAUUUCAGAUGGGGGUGGGGUUUGUAAUAACUAACUGCAUCUGUCUCCUCUUUUUUUUCUUUUCUUUUUUUUAUACAUAACGCCCUGAAUGACACACUCAUCCCCCAAAACUUCAUUUUGUAGCUUCCCCUCCUACCUUUCUUCUCCCUUCUUCUGGAGGGCUGCCUACUCUGCCUGUGUCAACACCUUCCCUUUAAAGACAGAUUUGCCCAUCUAAAUUUUAUAUUUUAAUUUAAUUUUAAUCCUCAUUGCCCUCGAAAUAAAAGUUCUGAGCAGUUGGAA